AUGCCCACAGCUGAAUAUCUGAUUGAGAUUGAGAUUGAUGCAGAAAAUAUAACAGUCCUUAAUCUACUGAGGAACCUUUCGGUGACACACCGUUUACCCUUUGUAAAUAGUAACAUCAACACCACUGAAAUUAACAUCACUACAGGUGUCUAUUUAUUAAGCUUCUCACUGGCAGUAAAUGAAGAAUUUGACUUGGCACUCAGUAACAAAUCUAGUGCAAAAUACCUAACAUAUAAAACAAUAAUUGAGAGUUCAAUUGAUAAAAGUUACAGAGAUGUACCUGCCUAUCAGCCCAACUCUAUAACAGUGACUGGUUUCAGACAUGGAAGUGUGAUAGCAGACUUUACUAUUAAAGCAACCAACAAUAACCUUAAUUUGAAUUCAGCAAACCAACAGGUUGCUAGCAAUCUCCGUUCACAGGGAUUCAAUGUGAGCGAUUCUGCAUUCAGUCAAAGUGUGAAAGAUGGACUAUAUAACAGCGGUGACAAUAUAUAUCCUGGGAUAAAUCUCAUACUGACCUGCAAUCCUCCAGUGAAUAAUGGCAUAUACUGGACCAAGAAUGGGAAUAAACUACAGCCAUCAGAUAAGUAUGUAAUUGAUAACACUAAUCUCACUGUGAAGAGUGUCACUCCUGAUGACAGUGGUCAAUAUGCAUGCACAACAACAGUAAACUCUCUGCCCUAUGUUAUCUGGCAAACCAUUACAAUUCAGCCAUACCCAGAUAUCCAAGUGACCAGAGACAAAGUUGUAAAAUGUGAGGAUACAAAAAUCACACUGCAGUGUUGUGUUCAGAAGAUUUAUAAAGUGGAAUGGAACACAGCUUGCAGCUCAACUUCAACAGGUAACACACACAGCGUUUUAUCAGGCUGCAUAUUAUGUGACUAUAAAAUUAACAAACAGGACUGUCAGACUAAUGGCCAAGUGAUACAAGUCACAUGUCAACUCACAUUUCCUCUCAGUGGAAGUACAACACAAAGUUACAACUCAAAGAUCAUCAAAAUUUCUGUAAAAAACCAAAUAUUUAAAUGCUCUGAUAGUGUAUUUGGAGCUGGGAAUUUUGGAGAAAUACACAGUGGUGACUGCAGAGGAGACAUGGUUGGCUCUCAAACGGCUAAGUGUAAUUCAUCAGGCCAGUGGGACCCUAUAGAAAACAACUGUAUUCUGCGCAUCUUUCAAAAUUUAAAAGAUGAAGCUGAGCAUUUACAGGUAGCAGACAUCUCAAAGUUUGUGGCCAGCUGCAGCAGUAAUACUACAUUAGAGGCUCAAAACAUAGCUGACUCUCCAGCAACCAUAUUAACCAUUGUAGAAAUACUGAACAUCGUUACCAAUCUCUCAGAUACAAUUUUAAUUAAUCAACCCCUUAUGACAGAUUUCCUAAAAAUUACUGAUGUCAUUGGAUCAGUAGGUGCACAGGACACAUGGAUCAUUUUAAAUGAAAACAAUACAACCAUGAAUGCCAGUUCUGAACUUGUGAAAUCGACUGAAAAUAUUUCACUCAGACUCCCGGACGAAAGCAUCAACAUUACAACAAACUCUACCUCUCUCAGAAAAACUAAAAUUACUGCCCCCUUUUCUGAAACACUUGGAAAAAAUUUAACUACCCAAAUAAGUCUUCCAGCGAUUAGAGAACCGACUUUUCUCACAGUGAUAAUUUCUUCAGCUUUCGACAAUAUCUUACCUGUUCGAAAUCUGACCUACAAUGACAGCAGUCAAACUGGCACAAGGAUCAAUGGAGAUGUAGUCCUGAUUGAGACAAACUCAACAAUUAACAACAUCUCCCUUUCUUUUGAUAUCAAAAAUAAGGCACUUGUAAACCCUCAGUGUGUCUUUUGGAACUUUAGUCUUCUGAAUGGUGUUGGUGGAUGGGACUCGACUGGAUGUCAAUUAAAGACAUUAGGGAAUGAAACUGAAAGAUUUACAUGUGAGUGCAAUCACACAACCUCUUUUUCAAUCCUGAUGUCACCAUUUGCCCUGGAUAAAGGCUUAAUCUUAGAUUACAUAACUUACAUUGGUGUUGGCAUUUCCAUGGCCAGCUUGGUUUUGUGCCUCGUCAUUGAAAUCAUUAUAUGGAAAUCAGUGACAAGAAACGACACAUCCUACAUGCGCCAUGUCUCCGUAUUUAACAUUGCUGUCUCCCUUGUGAUUGCGGACAUAUGCUUCAUCAUUGGAGCAGCUGUUGUUAACCAAGGAGACGGACCCUGCAGUACAGCGACAUUCUUCAUGCACUUCUUUUAUCUUGCCCUUUUCUUAUGGAUGUUGCUGUCAGCACUCUUGCUCCUCUACCGCACCCUCAUGGUCUUUUCCAGAAUGACCAGAGGCACAAUGAUGGCCAUAGCCUUCACUGUUGGCUAUGGAGCCCCGCUAAUCAUAGCUGUCAUUACUGUGGCAUCUACAGCUGGAAACAAUGGAUACAUUCAAAAAGAUUAUAAUUGCUGGCUAAACUGGAAUGAAACGAAGGCCCUCCUGGCAUUUGUGAUUCCUGCUCUGACUAUUGUAGCUAUAAACCUCCUGGUGCUUAUUGUGGUUCUGUGUAAGAUGAUGAGGAGAGGAGUUAAUGCUUCCACUCAGCCAGAUGACAAACAUCCCCUACUGGUCAUUGCUAAAUGUGUAGGGAUUUUAACACCUCUCUUUGGUCUAACGUGGAGAUUCGGCAUUGGGACCAUGGUGUCUCCGAACUUUGGGAUUCAUUUGGUGUUUGCAUUCCUUAAUUCACUGCAGGGUUUCUUUAUUUUGGUGUUUGGAACUUUGCUGGACAGUAAGGUCCGAGAAGCAUUGGCAGGAACGUUUUCACUGAGGAACUUAAGCUCUAACCGCACCAGGAGCACAAGUGCAGGACCAUCAUCCUCAAGUGGAUUUCCUUUCAUUCAAAGGUUACGGCGGAGAAGUACGUAA